GCUGGUUGGGCACACACAGUGGGAAAGGGCGUGACUCUGGCUGUUGAUUACAUUUGAGGCGAGAAAGAAAAUGAGACAGAAAGAGAGAGAAACAAAUGAGUGCGGUAACAGAGUCAGAGAACUGAAGGAAACUUUCAAGGUUUGACAGAGUUCCUCUUCUUCAGGCUGUAAAACCAGUUUCACUAUGAAUAAUAAUCAGGCGAAUGGUCCCAUGUAUGACAACCAAGUGUUUAAACAUGAAGAAUAUAGUCCUCCAUAUUCUGUAACAGAGCAGAUCCCCAGCCAUUCCUCCAUCAACCAGUAUUAUACUUCAACACCCGGAAUACCAGCUAAUCCAAGGCAAACAAAAGGAAGAAAGAAAUGUCACUGGAAGUACAUCCUGGGUGCACUUCUGUGUGUGACUGUUAUCCUGGCAGUGCUCGGACUCUUGCUGUGGUACUUCCUAUACUACCGGUGUCUACUGGGGAAGUCGUGUGGAAAAGGUGGGAUGUGUCUGAGCCAUACCCGGUGGUGUGAUGGAAUCAUUGACUGUCCAGAUGAAGAGGAUGAAUCUCAGUGCUUUCGCCUCCAAGGGGCCAACUCCAUGCUGGAGAGUUAUUCAUCAAGCAGCCAGACCUGGAUGCCCGUGUGUGCUGACAACUGGGAUAAUAACUAUGGAAGAACUGUGUGCAGACAGAUUGGUUACAGCAGAGAUGAUUAUUUUGCCUACAGCCAAACCAGUGCAGGUGUUUUGGCCUCCAAUGGAUAUAUGAGGCUGAAGUCCGGAAGUAGUAGUGGCUCACUAAUACAGUCACAGCUCACUCACAGCUUACUGUGCUUCUCCAAUGCUGUCACACUUCAGUGUAUUGAAUGUGGCAAGAGUUCAGCAGCUCCGAGCAGUCGUAUUGUGGGUGGCACAGAGGCUGUAAAUGGAGCCUGGCCAUGGCAGGUCAGCCUCCGGGUUUCGGGUCGACACAGCUGCGGAGGCUCCAUUAUCAGCCCAUACUGGAUCCUGUCUGCUGCACACUGCUUUGAAUAUUACUCUUCUCCUUCAUCGUGGAUGGUAUACUAUGGGGACGUGAACUUGAAUAAGAUGUUUAAUGGUGGAGGAGUUCAGAAAAUCAUCAACCAUAAAGAUUUUGACACAAGAACUAAUGAUUAUGACAUUGCUCUCCUAAAGCUUUAUACACCUCUGACUUUUAACAAUAAAGUUCGGCCGGUGUGUCUCCCCAAUGUUGACCUGAACCUUUCUGGUAAUCGUCAAGCAUGGAUCACAGGAUGGGGAGCAUUGCAGUCAACAGGGCCAUCCCCCAACAUAAUGAAUCAAGCCCAGGUGACCAUUUACAGCAGGGCCACUUGUAAUGCACCUGAAGUAUUAAAUGGUGAAGUCACCAAGACCAUGUUCUGUGCAGGUAAACUGCAGGGAGGAGUUGACUCCUGUCAGGGUGACAGUGGAGGUCCCCUGGUCGUGAAAGAAGGAGAUCGAUGGUGGCUGGCAGGAGCUACUAGCUGGGGUUAUGGAUGUGCUUUGAAGAACAAGCCAGGAGUCUAUGCCAAUGUACCAUUCUUUAUUGACUGGAUAUUCAAAAAAAUACAGAAUAACUGAGACAUCGGUGAAUAUUGAAAGGAACUACUUGAGUUACUUGCAAAACAAAAAUCAACCAACAAAAUGAAUGAUCAGCAUUUUUAUAUUCUUGUUUUCAGCAUGCACUGAAUGUCUUGCAUUUGGACAAAAUAAAGCUAUUAUUUGGUCCAAUAAAACUAAUUUUCAGCAAAGAGUUGUUUUUUGUAAAUUCACAUUGUGUGAUAGAUGUGCUACAGAAAAAUGUAGCUUUGCUUUUCUUACUUCUGCCUGGCUAACGAAACUUGCCAUGCCAUGCCUGAUACAAUGAAAUGAAUUCAUACAUGUGGCUUUUGGCUCACACCUCAACUAAGUAUGAUGUCCUUGAAGUGGAACAGCAAGGUCAAAGCCAGGAAAUCAAAUUUUCACAGUCACAUAACGUUAUGUAAUAAAUUCCACUAGAGUUGUAUCUCAUAACUGUUUCAAAAUAAAAUAUGGCCAAUGUAAAA